UAGAUGAAGGAAAAUUACAUGUGCCUGAAGAACAUGGCAACCACCCGAAAGACUUUCAAACCCAUUGUUGCUUGGAUGGGUUACUCUGAUGGCAUGUGGUCUUUCACAAAGGAUGCUUACAAGCUUAAGUACGUAGAAGAUGCGGGAGGAGAGAAUGUGGAUGACUCCAUCAACAAAAUCACGUACAACGUCUCAAAUCCCGACGACUUAGAUGCCUUUCAUGGCAUUCUAUGCACUGUGGAGGUGAUCAUCGAUGAAACAUUUACAAUAGACCCAACAGUGUACAACAUGUCCACGUUUCUCGAAUUGAUCAACAUUCAAGACCAAUCUUGCCUCUCGUUUCUUUCCACUCAGAGCAUCUGGCGAUUCGAUAAACGAUUUCUCAACUCCACUACUCUCGAUUGGUUGGACGGAGCAAUGUCACAGACCGGUAUUGAAAGACAUCAUAUACAUAUAUAUUAA